AUGGGGUGUGGAGCUCUUUCAAAGGUGGCCUUUCCGGGCGACGACGACGACGAGGUGAUGCAUUAUCCGAAUAUCGGAAUACAAAAUGCUGACGACCCUCAGGCUACUACUCUUGAUGGCUCAAUUUACAACUCGUCGAGGGGGAGUAAUACCAACGAAUCCGUUGACGAGUUUGACGUCGAGCAAGUUAUUCCGAUUCACUCUCUGCAAGAGAAGCUUUGGGGUGUAAAGGAGGGAGCAAUUUCCAGUCAAAACUUGUACCAAUUCAUGGACCUGCUGAAGAUCGACAUGCUUGAAAUGCAGAAAGCACUUCAAACUUUCAGGGGAAUUGGAAGUCGACAAGAAAUCACUGCCAUGCAAAUAUCCCGUGUUUCGAGCCUUCCUGUUAUGUCUGGGAAGACAAAUCCGCUCCUUUCUCGCUUCGUCCGAGCCAUUCACACUCCGGAAGAGGGCGAUAAGGAACACCUUACUUAUCGAGAAUUUGUCUUUGGUCGAAGAUUAUUUGAGGAGCUUGCAAGUCAUGAAGAAAUACUACAAUUCUGGUUCUUGGUAAUGUUGGCCAGCGCUGGGAAAGUCGUGGAGCUGAGGCAGGAAAUAGACAAGAAGUCCCUUGUCAGCUUUCUUGUUGAUGUAAUCCUCAGCAAGACUGAAUCCUUCGAUUCCUUUCUAUCAAAAGCCCCGUCAAAGUUGAGGAAUAAGGUCCAGCUGGUGCUCAACAAAAGUAACUUGGACCGUGAUGAUUAUAACUUUCAUCACUUUCAGAGGAUAGUCGAAGUCUCCAACAAGUCCUUGUUCAUGGGUUCGAUUUUAGAGAAAGUAUAUCGGAAGCUUUCAGGCGCAUUUCAAAAGAAUGAAGCAAAUUCGAAGCAAGUCAAGCCAGAUAUGAUCAUGACAUACUUCUGGAACCUGAAACGGGAUAUCAAGAAAUCCUCCAAAGGUUUUCGUGGUUCAAAGAGGAGCGUCUGGGUGCAUCCUUUUGAAGGAGAAGAAGUAUUUGAGACUGGAGCGACAGGAAUAAGAGACAUCACGAACUUGCCACGAAGUCGGAGGGAAGAAGCUAUGCAAGUUGGGUGGAAGUUUUGA